CUAUCAAAAACGGCUCUUGUUGUAUGACGUAUCCUAUUCCUUUCUCCACACAAGAGGAAGAGACCAUGUCGAGCGCCGAAAGCUCGUCGCCGCCUUCGCCCUCGCCCUCGCUCUCGCCCUCGCCCUCGCCUUCGGCCUCCACCGGUCUUCACCGCAUGGACGACCUGCGGAAGGUCUUCGCGCGCUACGAUGCCGACGGCGACGGCAGGAUCUCCGCCUCCGAGCUCGCCGACGUCCUCCGCUCCUUCGGGUCCGACGCGUCCCCCGCGGAGGUCCGCGGCAUGAUCGCCGAGAUGGACGCCGACGGCGACGGCUUCGUCGACCUCCAGGAGUUCGCCGACUUCCACCGCCGCCGCCGCCGCGACGACGGCGCCGAGGAGCGGGAGUUGCGGGAGGCGUUCGACGUGUACGAUCUCGACCGCAACGGGCUGAUCUCCGCGGAGGAGCUCCACCGCGUGCUGAGGCUCCUCGGGGAGAAGUGCUCCGUCAAGGACUGUUCCCGGAUGAUUCGGUCCUUCGACGACGACGGCGACGGCAGCGUCAACUUCGAGGAGUUCAAGAAGAUGAUGACCAACGGCGGUGUUGGCGGGCGCAAGUCCUCCACGUCCGGUCGCGGCGGCCCAUCAAGUUCCGCCGCCUGAUCCGAGAUACAGGGCUGCUGGGAUUAACGAAAUCUGACGGAGUAGGUUAGGGUUUAGUAGUAUCUCAUCCUAUGUGUUGGAUCGAAGUUGCGUUUCUUCGCAAGAAUUGUUUCUAAAUAUCUGAUUCGGUUUCA